AUGGAGGCGGUUGCGCAGAAGACGAGGAUGGUGUUGCUGGAUGGCAAUUCGCUGACGAUUGACGAUUUCAUGGCGCUGCGCACGGGGGACGUGGUGCUGGGCCUCACCGAUGACGCCUGGCGCCGAGUCGAAGAGGGGAGGAAGGUUGUCGAUGACCUGCUCGACCGCAAGCAGGUGGCCUACGGCAUCAACACGGGCUUUGGCAACUUCGCCAACGUGCUCAUCCCGCCUGAGAAGCUGCGCGAGCUGCAGGAGAAUCUCAUCCGCUCGCAUUCAUCGGGCACCGGAUCGCCGUUGACCGUGGAGCAGACGAGGGGCCUGCUUACCCUGCGCAUCAACGUGCUGGCCAAGGGCUACUCCGGCAUCUCACGCGCCUCACUCGAGCAAUUGAUCGCCGCAUUCAACAAAUCGUGCCUCUCGAAGGUGCCACAGAAGGGCACCGUGGGCGCCUCCGGCGAUCUUGCACCGCUGUCGCAUCUCGCCCUCGGCCUUAUGGGCGAAGGCGAGAUGUGGGACGUGCAGGAGCAGAAGUGGGCGCCCGCCGCCGAGGUGUUGGCCAAGAACGGGCUCCGGCCGCUCACUCUGCAGGCCAAGGAAGGCCUGGCCCUCAUCAACGGAACUCAGCUCAUCACCAGCCUCUGUGCCGAGGCGCUGUCGAGGUCCAUAAACAUUUCGCUGUGCGCUGAUGGCAUUGCCGCGAUGACGCUCGAGGCCCUCCGAGGAACCCCGGCGGCCUUCCGCGAGGAGAUUCAUGCGGCGCGUCCUCACAAGGGCCAGAUUCGUGCUGCGCGCAACAUGCGAUCUGUGCUCCUUCUGCCCUCCACCAUCCAAGACUCGCACAAGAACUGCGGACAAGUGCAGGAUAGCUAUUCUCUGCGCUGCAUCCCUCAGGUCCACGGCGUGGUGUACGACACCAUCCGCUUUGUCAAAGGCAUUUUGGACACCGAGAUGAACAGUGCCACCGAUAACCCCUAUGGUGUUGGCCGACAAGUAACACCGAUGAUGGCUAACCCCGCCGUUCUCUUUCGCGUGAAGGCCAAGGUGGUGUCCGGUGGCAACUUCCACGGCGAAUACCCCGCCAAGGCGGCCGACUACUUGGCUAUUGCCGUUCACGAGCUAGCGUCCAUCAGCGAGCGCAGGAUUGAACGUUUGGUCAACCCUGCGCUCUCUAACCAGCUCCCCGCAUUUUUGGUGCAAGAGGGUGGUCUCAACUCGGGCUUCAUGAUUGCGCAUUGUACGGCGGCUGCGCUGGUGUCCGAGAACAAGUCGCUCUGUCACCCGGCCUCGGUUGAUUCGGUGCCGACGUCGGCCGGUAAGGAGGAUCACGUUUCCAUGGGCGGAUGGGCUGCCCGCAAGGUCCUCCGAGUGGUCGAGCACGUCGAGACCGUACUCGCUAUCGAGCUUCUCGCAACGUGCCAGGCCAUGGAGUUCCUCCGGCCCUUGAAGACCACCGAGCCUCUGGAGCAGAUCUACUCGCUUGUCAGAUCGGUGGUGCCGCCCUACGACAGGGACAGGUUCAUGAAGCCGGACAUCGACGCCGUGCUCCACCUUAUUCAGUCCGGCCAGGUCGCCAACAUCUUGCGCCCCUAUUUUGACGCGACCAAGGAGGCCUCUUCGUCUUAG